UGUUCUUCAAAAAACAAAAAUGUUCAUCACUGCACCUCCGAGACCUUGUCUUAUUGUGUUGAUCCUACCAUGAUGUCCGGUCACCAAUUUCGAAAUUCGAGUAGUCAAAAAUUCAAGUCGAGUAAGCAGAAGCGACCACCUCAUGCUUCGCUGGUGACGCUGAAACGCUAUCUGCGAUUUCAGAUUGCAGAUGAACAGGCGUGGAAUGCCGUUGCGCCACAGCUACGCGACGAGUAUGACGAUGUCCUCUUGUUGCUGGUCCUGCACCCGAUGCUGCGCAAGCGAACAUCAAAGAAGACGCAGAAAGGUGUUCGAUCGAAGACUAGCGCGCUCAAGAUUCCUAUUCGAUAUCGGUUAAGGAGGGGAGAUGAUCUAGAUGGUACUUACUACAAGAAUAGAGUUUCAUCACCAUUCCCAGAAGUGCAUAUGAUACUGACGAUUCUCAAAAUGAUGGGAGCGCUUCUAGAAGAGCCACUAUCGUUUAUGUUAAGAGUUAAUGUUUAUCGCGUCAUUUCUUCAUUCUGGCUUUCCCGACCGUUGACGUUAUCGCGUACUCUCAGGCCGUAUGGCGCUAUCGUUCGGCAAGCGAGCGAAGACCUGAAUAGCGAUGACCGAAAACGCGACUCAUGCUACAAUGCGUGCGAUGUGCCGCCGCCUUUUGCCAGUAUGACGCACCAAGGAGGUCAAAUUCGCGGUGCUGGCGGAAAUUUUGUAUCUUCGACGUCAUCAUCGUCUUCGCGGCCAACAUCUUCGCGGCCACAUAUUGAUCAAGCCUUGCCGACCCGCAAGCCUUUACUGGCAUUCUCCAGACGCAGAUCAGGGCGCAAAAUACGAGCUAAAAUGAAGAAACUAGUCCUGAAAGAUGAAUCAGGCCAGCAUGUCGAUAUAUCAAGACCACAUCGGGGAUCAUCUUCAUCAUUCCAACAAAAACAACAACACAUUCGACAAACUAAGAACAAAUCAGCGUUGCGCCCUAGCGUUUUUCACUCUUUGGAGGAGGGACCGAGAUGGAAGAAGCUCUUGGACAUCGUUGGCGACCGAUUGUUUCUACAUCUACUCAGUGACUGCCGCUUGUUCAUGCGCGAGAAAAGUAACAGUGGAAAAUAUGGAGCCGCAGCAAGCAGUAUUAGGACUGGGACUUCUACUAGUUCUAGCAGGAGCAACGGAAAUGACGCAAGUGAAGACUAUUAUGGAGAAAUAAGAUCCUAUUUUGUCAUUGUCUUCACUAAAAGUCACGUAAGUAAUCAAACCUUCUUUUUCUUAAACCAGUGACUGAGUAGUAUUUUGAGGAGGAUCAAAUGAAAAUUCAUGAUUGGGCCAAUUUUCGUCCCCUCUAACCUGACACAUUGAUAUCGGGCCCGGCUGUAGGAAGACAGCUGACACCUGACAAAGUAGCUGUGUGGACGCACGGAAACCAAAAGCGCAUCCGCAAUGACGCUCCUCUGGGUUUGGGUCGGCGCACGCGG